UGUCAAGGCGACAGCUCGGAGAUGCUCGCUGGCUGCCUCGGUGCCGACUCUGACCACUCUGACCCCGCACUGGCAGCGUGGUGACCGGCUGCCCAGAGCUCCCGCUUCCCCUGCUGCGGCGGGGCUGGCCCCAGCACCCAGAGGAGAUGUCCUCCGGCUGGUGCCGUUGGAGCCUCGGCUCCCUCCUGCUGCUCCUCGGGAGAAACCUGGGUAUCCAUGUCAAAAUCCAUCAGGAUUCGGUCAAUGGCACCGUGGGUGAGUCUGUGCUGCUGCCCAUCUCCUACAGGUUUGAUGGUGCCCCUUGCUUCCCAGUGUGGAUUCUCUGGGCACUCAAUGACAGCCAGGGCCCGUUCACCACCUGCACGGUGUACAACUGCUCCCUGGGUGCCAGAGGCACUCCCAGCUCCUGCUUUGCAACUUGUUUCACCUACGCCACAUACCAGAGCCGCACGAAGGUCUUUCCGGAGAAUGGGUCCCUGCUGCUGCAGAACCUGCAGCUCAGCGAUAGCAGAGGCUACACUGUCACGUUCAGACCACCACCCCAAACCUUGACCAUCACCCUGACGGUACAUGAGCAGCCUUCCAGCCCACCGCCUCCAGAUGAGAGCAGCCAAGGCCGUUACUAUGCAAUUUGGAUUUGUUCUUCAAUCUUCCCCCUGCUAUUCCUGCUGUUCUACUGCACAAGGCGCCGAGGUGCAGCUCGGCAGCAGAAGAGGAAAGUCAUUAAACAACAGCAGGUCUCCAGCAUGGAGGAGGCCCACGUGGAAAGCGCUGCAGUGGGGAACGUGGCAACCAUUUAUGCCACAGUUGCAGACAGGUUUGAACAGUCACAGCCAAGACCAACACCAGAGGUCAUGUAUGCAUCUAUAACUGCUCCUGGUCCCCCAGGGCUGGACCCUGGCCCCUACCAUCUCCUGGUUUGACUGUGGGAGCUGCAGGACCAUCGCAGAAGGUAGUUGUGCCUCAAAGCAAAGAGGAUGUUUUUGUCACUGAUGCUGCCUGUGCUGAUGCUCCCCCUCCAGCAGCUCUGCAUGCUAAGCCUAGGCUGUAAAGGGCUGGGAGCAACAGAGUACAGAAAUGCAUUAGUUUGCCUUGAACUGCAGCCUCUCUUGAAUUUGAGGAGGUGAGCUGGUUUUAACUCCUGCUUGAGGCUUCCUUAGAGUACAGAGCCAUCCAACAUAAGAAAUGCCUAAGGCAAAGGCAAAUCAAGAGUUUGUCUGUGGGAAGUCCAUAGACUCACCUUGAUUUACGGGGUAAUGGAGAACAUCAAAUAGAUUUUAGUUGUGUGUCCCAAGUUUACUAUCAUAUUGUUCCUUGUCAUAUUAAAAGAAUGUAUGAAGAUA